GAUUUAUAAAAUCAAAUAUCGCUGGUGGAGGUCCACUUCAACGUUUUGUCAUGGUGUUCGCUAAGUCUCCCGAAAUUGGUGCAAAAAAUAUAAUGUAUCCCGCUUUAAACCCAAACAUCGAUGAGGGUGGGAAAUAUUUUGAGGAUGCUAAAGAAUCCAAAUUAACUGGUCAAGCAUUGGACGAAGAAUUGGCUAAAAAAUUUUGGGAAAAAUGUGAAGAAUUAUUAAAUGCUUAUGAUGCUAAUCUUUUAAA